AUGAAAGCAAUAGGACUAAAAUCCUUCCGGAUUGGAGUGGUCAUAUUAGUGUUUCUCGCCUUCCACCAUCAAAGUCAGAGUGCACGACUUUAUGACGGGUAAGAGUGCGAAUUAUGAAAUCCAAGUUAACGACUUAAAAACGUUACAACUCCCCACUAAUUCUUUAUGUCUUCUUUCCCUUAACGAAUUAAAUCGCCACUUGUUUUGUCACAUAAAAAGGAACCUUUUUUUUUCAAUAGGACCCACAUUCAACGGACGCCCUAUAUUUAGCGGAGGUUACCGUCAUUUAGCCCUCGUAAGGUUUCUGUAUUAACUGACAAACCUGUAUCUAGCAGGCACCACUGUUUUAUAAAGGUUGCACCGUAGCUACUAGUUUACGUUUUCCUUCACAAAGUUUGGAAUAUAUAUCCACAGCUGCUUUCUCCCCGUUGCUUCUUCAUCGGUGAUCUUCGACAAGACACUGAGUCCCGAACAGGUGAAAAAAUAAUGGGGUGUCCACUCGGCAGUACGUAUUUUACUGCUCAAUUUUUAAAAAUUGAUUCUCAUAAUUUAUUUCAAGGAUACGUUCCCUCUUCGUCUUGGAGUUAGGCGAGAAAAGCGCAUAUGCGCAACACUAAAGCAAACGGAAAGGUCCCGCAAGAUAACGAGGAAGAUACACGAUUCUCAGAAAAAACCUAAAAAUAUAUGCUUAUUACUGCGAGUUUCAUUUGCGCAAAUGUGUUUUAAUUUAUAAUUCAACAGAUGACUAUACGUUUUGCGACUAUUUUAAGACACAAGGUUCUGCGAGUGAUACCACAGAACGAGGACCAAGUAAGAUCCUUGAGGGAACUACUACAAAGAAAAAAUGAUGUAAGUGCAAAAAAUAGAUCGAAUUCAAGGCGGCGUUUGGGUUACUUUCGGGUCUGACGGUACAAAUGUAGCUCCUUCAGUGAGAAGAGCGCAGUUAAAAGAAUAGGCUGAUUUGGUAACAGGACGGGAACGUCAGUUGACGACGGAAAAGCGCGCGGAAAGGACUAAACACGGAGUCCGGUGCUCAAUUUGCCGCUCUGCCAUUGGUCAAGCCAGUUGUUUGAUUUGCGCGCGCCGUCGGCAACUGACGUUCCCGUUCUGUAACUGAAUCAGCCUAAUAACCAACAAAGCGCGUCACGACGGCGGUAGCGUCUGCGUGGGAGGAUAUCAGAAAACCUAAUUGCUGAUGAAUGGCUCUUAUCAAUCAGUUACAAGGUCUGGGCAAAUAAGGCUGUACACUUUUUCUAUUAGCAUUGCUCAGCCUGUUCUAUUCAUCUGAAUAAUCGCUGGAAGGUGUAGCAGUUAACUGUUUGAAAUCUCUUCAACCUAAAAAAAGGGCACCCUUUAACACUGACAAAAAAGGAAACAAAUAAACAAAGCAAGAUUUUCCUUCGUGGACUCAACUCCUCCUUGGGGGUCAGCUAAGCGCUUUGACCACAGUACUGACUAGUCCAAGCAGGAUGAAGUCACGGGUGCUCUUUGGGAAGGCUCGUUGGUACUUACUUUGUGGACCACUUGCGGACCUACCUGCGAGUAAACAAGUACGCACGCUUGAACGACUAGAUAGAUGGCAUGGAUCUUUAAUUUUGAACUUUCCGGAUCAUGCAAGAAAUUUUUAUGACUCGAUACCCUCUUGAAUAUUGCGAUCUUUUGUAGGUAGAUGUAUGGAAAGACUCAUUGAUUCCAGGGGAGGAAGUUCACAUUGAUUUGGGUCCCGAUGCUAUUAAAGAUUUCAAGGCAUAUCUGUCAGAAAGAAGUCUUGAGUUUGACACAAUGAUUGAAGACACGCAAACACUGAUUGACAACGAGGAAGUAUGCUGUUCAGAAGUAAAUGAAGAUAAUUUUGACAAAUGUUAUCAUACACUGGAUGAGGUAAGAGCAGAAUUAUAAUUCACAGGUAAACCUUCUUAACAAGGACAAGGACAGGGCAAAAUCUCUUCAUCAGGGAUGUCCUAUUCAGAGAGGUGCAGAUUGUAGAACCUUUUUGUAUAUUUGCUGCCAAAGGACUGCCCAGGAUUGUUGGAAGGGGAUUCUGCAUCAGGUCUAUGGGACCAAGACACCUAUAACAGAGAUGAGUCCGUAUCGGUCUUUUUUCGCGGAUCCCUUUUGGUUUGUUUUACAACCCACACUUAUAAUCAAUGAUCCCCGGAUAAUUAAUUAUCAAGAAUGCCCUGCUCAAAACGUUUAUUUUUAUGAUUACACAGUGGAGUUCAAACACACAAUUGUAAUCUCCUCUAACAAAUAAAAAAUCAGCUGAACAAACAAAAUACUGAUUUUUUGGUAUUGAGUAUUCACCCAGUUAAAUUUUGUCUCUGGUGUAAAUAGUUAAAUUAAAUGAAACGUCACGAUAAUUCACUUACCAUAUAAAAAGUUUCCUUCGUUGCCAGAUCUAUAAUGAACUUUUUCGUCUCGCUGAAGAAUACCCUCACUUGGUGAAGCUGAUAAACCUCGGCAAGUCGUACGAACAACGAAACAUGUUAGGAAUAGAGGUGAGAUGUUCUUAAGACGGAAUCCACCACUAAGUGGACAAAAACCUUGUACCGGAAUAAUUUAAAGAAUAUUGCCUUCUUUUUUAUAUUUUUUAAGGCCUAAAGAUGUAAUUAGUCAUCUGUAAUAACACCAAAGAAAAUUUCUCACGGGAAUCCUAGAAAAUGAAUGUCAAAUUUCACAAGAAUUGUAAAUCUCUGUAAAUUUAAUGUAAUUUUGUGAAAUUUGACAUUCAUUUUCUCGGGCUCCCAUGAGAAAUUUUCUUUGGUGUUAUUACAGAUGAUUUAUUACAUCUUUAGCUCUUGAAAAAUAUAAAAAAGGAUGCAAUAUGUUUUAAAUUAUUCUGGUACGAGAUUUUUGUCCACCGAAAAUUACAAUUACUCAAUUUCAUGGUGGAUUCUGUCUUAAUGCCUUUAAGUAGUUAAAUUUAUACCCAGUUUAAGACGCAAGACCGUGAAAACUAUACCUUGUUCAGGGGCACAUACCGUUUGGACCAAAUAACGAAAUGCCCCCGCCCCCCACUCUGUCCUCCCCUCUGGGUGGACUGACUGACAUCCCGUUCAGGAUAAGUUGAUUACAGUUAACACUCCUAGACUCAGACAAAUCGGUCUUGGCGGUUUGCAAGUUUUGAAUUUAUCUUCUUUUCUUAGAUUAAGCAAAAGAAACAUUUAUCCCAUGAGCGAAGAUUAGUCUUUAUAAUUUGUGGAAUUCACGCCAGGGAAUGGAUUAGUCCGGCGACAUGCAUGUACAUAUUACGUCAAGUAAGUAGGUCACGAAACUCCGCGUCCACAACGAGCUUUAUUUUUGUUUAGAGCGAGUUUAUCAUUUUUCAAUGAGUACAAGAUCGCUAUUAUAGCUAGGCGGAAGGGCUGUUCUAUUAUAUUUUGGUAAAUGACAUCACAAGCUAAAUUUUUUAAGAUCGGUGGUGACAAACCUGUUAACUUGUUAAAAAUGAUAGAGAUAGCUUUGCUUUGAGCCAUGGCCUUUCCCACGACUGCAUUUGCUUAGAGCAGAGAUUCCAUCCACCUGUUCAUUUAUUCAUUCGUUAUUUGAGUAAGCUUGAUCGCACCUUACAUUGAUCGCAUAAGCUCUACUAACGUACUCAAAAUCCUAUAGUAGAGGAAAAGAAGCCUUAAGUUUCAAACAGUAGUUACGUUUUUGCGUUAUUCCUUUGAAUAUUAGCUUCUGGAAUCCAAAGACGGCAAUGAUGAGGGAGCUGCAAACAUGUUGAACACAUUUGACUGGUUUUUCCUACCUGUUGUUAACGUGGAUGGUUAUAAUUAUACGCAAGAGGUAAGUAAUACUUGCAGAGGAGAAUAUCAUUAGUGAUCCCACCGAAAACUUGUUAGGGAGGGAAAAUUUACAUUCCCCCUUGCGUUCUUCUUCACAUUCUUUUUCUUGUCGAGAAAUAAGAAAGAGUCUUGACAGUCAAGACAGUUUGUAGAGCUUUUUGUUGAGAGGAAUUUUGUUUUAUGUUCGCGGCAACGUAAUUUUAGGUUAACGUGGGACGUGUUUACGUUAGCUUUUUCAAGACAUUGACCUGAAAUUUUUUUUUUAUUCCCAACAGGUUGAUCGACUUUGGAGAAAAAAUCGCAGACCAGUUCUGUCUGUAGGCUCUGUUAAUAUAAUUGGUGUGGACUUGAACAGAAACUUUCCGAAUGAAAAUUGGGGUGCGUAUUCAUUUCAGAUCUGAUUCUGAAUGAUUCAGAUCUGAAUGUAUGUCGAAAUCGAUCGUUAUCAGAUCUGAUUCUAUUGAUCAAAAUACUGAAUUUACUAUAAAAAUUUACCUGAGAAACCAGCCGAAAAUUCGCAAAGCCACCACUGUUUUCCCCGCGAAAUGACUUCUGACGAACGCGCGCAGAAAUUCCAUACUGGUGACAUUUCACCAACCAGAUCUAGGCAGUGCUUUUUAUUGGUUGAAGCAAAUUUUCGGCACGGCACGAGCUGGCCACAGCCUCUCGUUAUAGGCCAUUAUAGGGAAUACUUUUCCUCGGGCGACAAUGCUGUUUCUAGUUUGGUUUUGUCUCAGUGUUAUUUCAGGAUCUUUUUGUUGUUAAGGUACAAAAUCUAGUAUUCAAAUCAUGAUUGGUGUAUUUUUAGGGUUGAAUGACUGCAUCUAUAAACCGAACUGUGAAACAUAUCCUGGGGGAGAACCAUUGAGUGAGAUUGAGACUCAAAACGUGGCUACUUAUCUUGCAAGAUGUGCUCAACGAUUAGUUUCUUUCUUUGAUAUCCACUCUUAUGCACAACUGUGGUUGUCCCCUUGGGGAAGAAAUCAAAGUAUACCACUUGGAUAUAGUCAGAUGGUGAGUAUGUCUUGCUAAGCAACGAAUGCACUCCUACCUUAAAACUGAAGCGCCAGAAAUCUGCUCGAUGUUGCCAACAGCAGUUUGUCGGAGAAAAAACAAACAAGAAGCAGUUUGUUGGCAAAAUUUCAACUGAUGAUGUCCCCUAUAUUUCAGAAGUCAACACAAACUGUUGCAAUUGCCGAUUGAAUAAGCAUUCUGAUCUGAUUUUCCUAAUGUUUUCAUUUCUUUUGACUCCAUACAGAGACGUGUGAUGGAAGUUGGCACAGAGGCAAUAAGACACACAUCUGGAAGAGUGUUUAAGUUCGGACCACUUUUUUCAACUUUAUGUAAGUAAAAGCUAAAAGACAUUCAAUGCUAGUCUGAAAUGUCACACGUCUCCAUCCCCUAAACCGUAUGGGGCGCGAGGGAGAGACACUAGGGACCUUACGAAACCACGACAACGUCGGCAACGGGAACGUCAAAAAACAAUAGGUUUAAUGAGCAAAAUAACAACUCUGCACGUGCAUCACGCUUUUUUGUACAUUUCUUUGCCUUCACUGCACAACUAAGACGUGAAAUGACCAAAUUUUAAGUUUACUUGGGAACGGGAAGGGCAAGGCGAUAAAAUCGACCAUCUCUGUCCGAACUUGAGCGCGUUCCCCUCUCUCAGCUUCAGCCAAAAUCCCCCUCUUUUAAAGUAACAGGGUGAAUUGGGAUAAUCGCGAAAAAGUUUAAAAUGAUGCGAAGUCUGUUUUUCAGCGACGUUUUCAUGGACGUCGCCGUUGUCGGAUCGUAAGGUCCCUACUCUCUCCGGCCCGCGCCCCUCUCUUGUUAGGGAGUGAAGGCGCAUGACAUCUCAGACUAAUUCAAUGUGCGCUUGUUUGUUUUGUACGUAAAUAUCCAUACAGACAAUUGUUACUUCUGUCAUCUUCAUGCAUUUUUAAACAAGCAGAAAAGUCAUCAGUACUUGCAUCAUCGGGCAAGUGUGCGCUACUCCAGCAAUGAUGAAUGAGGGUUCUUCUCCCCCUCUCACUCUCAAAACGAAAAAAAAAAGAAAAGAAACUCCUGCUCGCAGGCCACAUCUUCAAGUGAGACUUUUUUUGGACAACUUUUUAUAACCAUUAUUAUAAUUACGAAUGGAACUAGGGCUCACUUAGUCCUUCAUUUGAUAUAUAGAUUUUACUAAGGUCAUAAGCAAAGCUCUCUUUAAUAAAUUUAUAAUUACUUCAAACAAUAAACUUGUUACCAUCGCACCGGCAAUCUACUUGGAGCUGAGCGUGCGAUCAGUUGAAAAACUAGUUUAUUGCCAGCGGAUAACUUAAUAAAAACUUGUAACCUCAAUGGGUCGACACCUGAGCCCGCAUUAAGGUCACAUGAUACUGGUCAGCGGAUACCCUGAUUUGACAGCUGUCAAUUGACCACAACAUAGAUGUGCAUUAUUAGGUUGCGGGCUAUCACACUAGCUAGAAAAUGUGAGAUUUCACAUUGGUCGCCUGUGGGACGAGGGACGUACGGUCACGUGACUAUCAAGUUUCUCGGAUGAAUAGAUAACCAAAUUUUUUUUGCUUUGGGGCUCCGAUAUCAAAGUAAAGUUUGAUCUUUCGUUUUUCAGACCCUGUAUAUGGUGGUACAAUUGAUUAUGUGUACGACACUCUGGGUGUCACUCACUCGUAUACUAUGGAACUAAGGCCCCCUGCUAAUUUUUCGGGAAAAGGAUUCAUUCUGCCGGCUUGUCAGAUCACUGAGAGUGGAAGAGAAAUUAUGGCUGCUUUCAAGGCACUCAUCACUCCGCUCAUGGCAGAAACUGUGAGAAAGGUCAAACGAAGAAGAAAACUUACGUCACAAUAGAGCAUUAUCAUGAGUCACAUCAUGACAUUUUAAGGCCUCAAAAUAAAACAAAUAAAUGACUUAAAUUGUCAAAGAAUUCAUGAGUAUAAUUUUAAACAUUAAAAUAACUGGCAUCCACUGGUGAUAAAAAUGCUACAACAGUUUUUAAAAGCCUUUUGAAACACUGAUAAAGUUAGUAUAGUAGACUUUUUAAUGAAAAAUAACAAAACACAAGAUAUUUCUGAGUAGCAAAGGAUUCGAAGGAUAUUAACCUCUGAGGGAGCCUAUCAGCUGCCUGUUCGGAAAGCAGCAUAUCAUUGAAGUUGAGACUAAUUGUUAAAGGUGUAAAUAAUGGAGCCUCUCGAACUUCACCACUUUGGUGAAUAAUUGUUAAAUAUACUUCACAAUUUUGAGACUAAUAACUGAUAUUAUUUUGAGCUUUUAGCUUAAAGUAUUCUCCAAUCCAUGUAACAUGAAUUUUGUUUUACCUCUAUCAUGAGAAUUUAGUUGCUGGUCAACUAUGGUAUCGCAUACUGGCGUGAUUUAAUUUCGAACUUGUUAAUGGGCAGUACCAAUUCUCUAGAUGCGUAAUUCAACUGAAUAAUUGCAACAAAUUAUUUAGGGAAUUCAUUACUUCUAGUCUCAGUUGCCAAAGUGGAGGCCGGCAAGGACUUAUCUGGAAAAAGAAAAAACUAUACAUUUUUGCUUGCGAUGAAAUCAGUAGGAUUAAGUGUAUUCCAGUUUAGAUUGGCCAUAUUAGCGACUAUUGCUAUCAUCUGCCUCUGUCAAAGUCACAGUAAACGGCUGUAUCAUGGGUAAGAAGAAUGAGCGCAUGCAUUUAACGCCAACUUAGUGCCAAGAUCUUUUUCCUCCUUAACGAUUUAUAUCGACGUAUUUUGUCACAUACAGUGAAGCCUGUUUUAAGCGAAUCCAUUAUAAAACUAGAGAUGUUCUGUAUUUUACAGGCGAGAGCCGGCAGAGAGCGAGUCGUUCACUGAGUGUUUUCAGACAUGAACUUGUAUUUAACGGAAACUCUAUUGAACAGACAAGGGUGGCUAUCCGCUUAAUACAGGCUUAAAGGGAGUUAUAUUCUCUGUAGGUUACAAAUAUAUGUUCUUGCUAUCUCUCCCUCAUGCAGGUCCUUUUAAUGAUGAUCUUCAACAAAGCAGUCAUGAACCCAACCCAUAAAAGGGAGUUUACAAAUACUCCAAUAAGAUACUUGUUUUGCUGCUAAGAAGUUAUUUAUAUCAUUACGGGGGAACAUGAUUGGAGUCGAAGUCACACCUGUGUUAGUGGAGAUCCCAAUAUUGUACAGUCCACAAAGGCAAAAAUUCCUACAAAAAUAAUUUUUCCCCUUUUCGUUUACAUGCUGUUUUUUCCCACAGGUUCCACAUUAUGUCAUUAAAAAUGCAACGUUUAUUUAAUCGAAAAUCUGCCCUUAAAACGAUAGCGAACGCCCUAAAUCAGUCCCUUACAUACAUUGGUAUUAGAGUGAAAAGUAUCCUUGAAAUACAUUCAGGAUUUGCAAUCUAACAUUUAAACCUGUAUUGAGAGCGGAGUUACAAACAGCAAAUGAGAUGGGAAUCAUUUCCUCUCAAAAUUAAACUUUAGUUUUUAGACUUAAAAAAGAGCAAGAAGAAGUGUUAUCUUUGAUUUCGAACAUUUCUUAAAGAAUCUUAUUUUAUCCUCCUUUGAAGAAAAUUUGUCUUGAUCUGUUUCUUAAAAAAUUUUUUUCUUCUUUCAAUCCCUGGCAGGGUUGCUAAGGGCAUUGGUAUAUUUUCUGCUCGCUUCUACCGGCUUAUCAUACAUCCGACGACAAGUUGUGAUGUCUACUGCAUCUCUGAAUUACAAAUUAUUCGUUUCUUGGAUAUUUUAAAAUUUUCGGGGAAAUGUUAAACUCGACUCUGGUUUCUGGAUCAUACUCUCCGUGGGUCUCCAAAAAAAAAAUUAGAAAAAAAUGAGCCGUAUCUCGCUGAUGCAACUUCGACCAAUAUUACUUCAAAAUGUCACAAUGAUGAUUUUCGUAGUAAUUAAUUUUAAUGCUACUUUUCCAAGUGUUUUUUUUGAGGGGGGAGGCGGAGGGGGGAGGUUGGACGGAAAAAGCGCCCAUGCACAACACCAACGCGAAACGGAGAGGUCCCUCUUAAAUAAACUCUAACUAUCUCAAGAUAUUCAGUGAUGCAAAGCGAUUUUUUGCGUUAUCGUUUUGUAACUAAGAUACACAUCUUUUAAGACACAAGGUUUUACGGGUGGAACCACAGAAUGAGGACCAAGUGAGAUCUAUGAGAGAACUACUACAAAGCCGAAAGGAUGUAAGUGCAAAACAUAGGGCGUUUUUUUGUGUUUUGGCUAAAAUAGUCACUGAAAGUUGGGCCACUCAAAAUCACUACUGCUUUAUUUAAUAUGUGCCCUUCUUUACAUUGAAAGAAUUAAGCAAACAAACAAAGCGGGAUUUUCCCCUCACCGUUUCUGGUUAUCCUUGAAUAUCGGAGCUUUCAUCAUCGAUAUGAUUUGUCAAAGUAUAUGCUGAAGUCACUUGUUCCUCAGGGCAAGUGGACUACAAUGUUUCAUACGGUGUGGACAAAUUGCGGACCUAUCUGUUAGUACGCACGGUAGAUAGAUUUUGCAAGUGACAUAUACCCUCCUGAAUAUUUUGAUCAUAUGUAGGUAGAUGUAUGGAAAGAAUCUUUGAUCCCGGGGGAGGAGUUUCAUAUUCAUUUGAGUCCUGAUGCUAUUGAAGAUUUCAAGGCAGAUUUAACAAAAAGAAGUCUUGAGUUUGAGAUAAUGAUUGACGACAUACAAGCGCUGAUUGAUAAGGAGAGCUUGUGCUGUGCAGAACGGGAUGAAGAUAAUUUUGACAACUGUUAUCAUACAGUGGAUGAGGUACUGAUCCAAUCAAACCUCCUUAAUUAACCCUGUAAGCCCCAGUAUUGAAAUACAUUGAUAAAAUAUCAUAAAAACUAAUCCUUAGUGAUCAUGUUCUUAAUUCUCUUAACCGCCCUGACUGAUUAAGCAAUGAGUGUACUUCGGUAAUAAUGACUGCUGGAGCUGAAAGGGUUGAUACGAAAGCAAAGGGACGGAGCGACGUGUCUUCUGCACACAGAGUUGUUCGUAUUGAUUGUAUGUAUAUGUAUGUAUCUUGGUGACCAAAAGACUGACCGGGAUUUUAAGGAAAUUUUGUAUCUCAGAAUGGGACCAAGACAGCUGUACCUAACAGAGAUGUUUGGAUCUGUUUUUGGUUAAAUUGUUUUACAAUCCUACCUCUAAUCAAAAACUUAGUAUCAAAAAUGCUCCGAUUAGAAUCUUUCUAUCUUAUCGCCACACCUUAAGCCUCUAAAACUCAAUCAUAAGCUCCUCUAACACAUAGCAAAAAAACUGAGCAAAGCCACACUGCUUUAUCAUGCAUGGUGUUCAGCUCAUAAAAUUCAGUCGAUGCUCUAAAAAAAUAGACUCAAACAGAUUUCAUGAGAAUUCACUCGACGCAACUUUUUUCGUUUCAAUUACAGAUCCAUGAUGAACUGUUUCGUCUCGGGAAAGAAUACCCAGACUUGGUGAAGUUGAUAAACCUGGGCAAGUCUUAUGAGAAACGAAAUAUGUUAGGGAUACAGGUGAGUUCAGUGUGACCUUGGCUGUACUUAUAUUGAGCGGAAAGGCUAGUGGAAUCCAGAAAAUAACUCAAACAAUUAAUUCAAUCUUGAAGCAACAAUUGCCCACUUAAGAAACUCUAGGGAGAAUGGUUACAAUCUCUGGGUACAGCGAUUUCUGGCUGACAAGCAUUAUUCAUGAUUGGUCGAUGGCUAUUAACCAAUCACAAGGGACGCUUGUCCACUCAAACGAUGUCACAAAUCGUCGUGCCUACGCAUUGUACCCAUUCCCCUUAUAGGCAAGCCAUUAGCUAUUCUCAAGCAUCGGAUCCCAGGAUUGUACUUGAUGGUGGUUGGAACCUGAUGAAGGAACAAGGGGCCGCUAAGGUAAUGAUAGCUACAUGCAGCAGACAAUGGACCAGCAACCUGUUUAGUAUUUGCCACUUAAUAAACGAGAAGUAAAUUGGGCCAAGUCAGCCGUAUAGCUGUCCGGCACGUCACCGGUAACGGUCCCAUGGGCCUUUGCGGUGUUCCAGUCCCCUUCUCGUUUGUGAAGUGGCAAAUAAACUGAACAUAGUUGACUCAGAAAUAGAGCUCACCGGAACUCAAGCAAUCCGGCCUUGGUUUGCAAGUUUGGAUUUAUCUUCUUUUCUCAGAUUAAACAAAAGAUUCAUAAUGCUCGUGAGCGAGGUCUAGUCUUCAUAGUUUGCGGAAUUCACGCCAGAGAAUGGAUUAGUCCAGCUACGUGUAUGUACAUGCUACGUCAGGUAAGUAGACGAGAAUAUACCUAUUCUACUACGUAGCUUUAUUUCUGAGUUAGGGUGGAUUUCCACUGUUGCGCAAUGACUUUUACAUGCUUACGCGCGUUAAAUAGAGUUGAUGUAUGAAAGGCCUCUAUUGAAUUUUAACCCAUGUGCGCAAGAAAAAAAUAACGUGACAGUGGAAAUCCACCCUUAGAUCAAGUUUAGAGUCCCUUCGUCUUUUUUCUAAGAUCGACAAGAACGCCACCACAGAUGAAAUUUGCAUUGAGAUCAUUAGUCACAAAUCUGUUAACUUGUUAGCACUGAAAUUCUUCCCUGCUAGCAGAGGUCUCUCACGGCGAGGCAAAAAUGAGUCGUGAGAGACCUCUGCUAGCAGGGAAUGAAAUUGAAGCCCAAGAGCCAAGGAGCGUUGCUUGCCGUCGUGAUUACCUUGAAUGAAGAUCUUUCCUUCCAUUUGCCUAUCAGUCCACCCGUUCCUUAAUCUAUUCAUUUAUUCGUUUAUUCGUUCGUUUGUCCGUUCGUUUGCCCGUGGGCAUUCGUUCAUUCAUUCAUUCAUUCGUUCGUUCACUGUUUGUCAGGCCAUCCAUCCAUUUGUUCAUUCCUUCUUAGAGUUGCAGCUUUGCUUGAUCACACCUUAGUCUCAUAUGCUUUUACAUAAAAUGUCAUGUCAGAAGAAAAGGAGCCUUCAGUUAUAUUACAACUAGUACGUUUUUGCGUUUUUCCUUUGGAUAUUAGCUUCUGAAAUCCACAGAAAGUGAUGAGGGAAUAGCAAACAUGCUGAAUACAUUUAACUGGUUUUUCCUGCCGGUUUAUAAUGUAGAUGGCUACAAUUUUACAAUGGAGGUAAGAAAUACAACGAAGAUGAUAAUAGCGAUCUAAGUGCCUGCUAAUUUUCUGAUGAAGAAGGGAAUUCCCCCAUCUCACAGCCCUUGCUUCGCAUUGUUCCUUUGCAGUUUGUUCUUGUCGAGCUAUAAGAAAAGCCUCAAACAGUCUAGAAACUAGCAGAGCUUUGUGUCAAGAGUAUUGAAGUUCGAUUGGUGUUCGGGGGACCCUCCAUGCAAAAAGAACCAUGUAUAAGACGCUAAAAGUUGAAAUUACAAACCCUGAUGAAAUCUCCAAAUCGCUGAAAACCAUAACCUGAUUAGCAGCACAUAUCCGUUUAGGCCAUAUGAGGAAGUGUUACUCUUCCCCCUCCCCCUGGUUAUCGCCAGGCUCUGUAAUUUGAAAGUCUUACUCAGUUUUUUGAACUCAAAAGAUUUUGUUCCCAACAGGUGGACCGUCUUUGGCGAAAAAACCGCAGACCAAUUCUGUUCACCAGCUCUGGUCCAAUAGUUGGCGUGGACUUAAACAGGAACUUUCCAAAUGAAUACUGGGGUGCGCAUUUUCAAUUAUUUCUGUUCAUUAAAAGAACUAAAUUUAAUGGGGUUAUAAAAGGCUGGCAAUAAGUUUUUUUAAGAUCAGUUUUGUACUCUUAGAUCGCUUACAGUCCUCUUUUGCUCGUAUAAGCCUAAACACCGGCUGAUAAUCAGGAGAUCCAAGCUAACGUUUUCGUAUUAAACUUUUCGUAUUAAACCAACAUUCAGCAGCAAGGGAUUAGGAAAAGAACAACCGUUUCCCUUCUUUCCCUCCCUUGGGGCUAGAAAUCGUAUCCUAAUCAUUCUCGUCCCAAUUUCUUUCCGUAAGCUUUUUCAGCUAAGGACGGGUCUAGCCUCAGCUGCGUUAUUAGUACAAGCCUUGUAUGUCCCCCAUGUAAAUGGAUCAAGGCUAAAAGUCAUCUGGUAGGAACUGGCCACUUCGUUAUUCUCAACAACUGCGGCGGAGAUGAGCCUUAGACUAGACGCUGAGAAUCUCUCCGACAUGGCGUGGAUUUUGCGAACUUUAACUCGGAACUUCCAAUUAACACUCCGGGCCGUUGACGUGCUGUUUGCAGUUUAAUGAGUUGUUUCAAUUCCAUUUUUUUCUGGAUUUUGUUGUUUUGUUGAGUUGCAAGUCAAGUAUUCAAAUUAUUGUUAUUUACAGGGUUGAAUGACUGCAUCAGUGACCCGAUUUGUGAAACAUAUCCUGGAGAGGAACCAUUAAGUGAGAUUGAGACUCGAAACGUAGUAGCUCAUCUUAAAAGAAGUGCACCACAAUUAAUCUCCUUCUUCGACCUGCACUCUUAUUCACAAGUUUGGUGUUCUCCUUGGUCGUCUAAAAAUGGCACACCGCCUGAUUAUAGUCUAAUGGUGAGUAGAGAGACUUAGAGGCUGUUAUUUUAUGCUUGUUAUCUUACUUGUACGUUCGAACUCUCUAAAAUUGCUGCUUAUCCUAAACCAGUUUCCAUCGGUGGUUAGAGAAUGAAACUUUAACUAAAAUUUCUUUUUAAUUUUUCGGCUGACUCUUUUUCAUUUCUCUUGACUCCACCACAGAGACGUGUGAUGAAAGUUGGCACAGAGGCAAUACGAAACACAUCUGGAAGAGUGUUUGAGUUCGGAACAAUUUAUUCAACCAUUUGUAAGUAAUGCUGAAAAAUGGCAAUGAUAAAAUUCAGCAUUGUCGUGUUUCGUUAAACUGUAAAUUUUGACUUAGUAGUAUUGCAUUUUUCAGAUCCUGCAUAUGGCGAUACAGUGGAUUAUACAUACGACGGGUUGGGUGUCACUCACUCGUAUACAAUAGAACUAAGGCCAUCUGAAUCUGCGGAUAAUGGGGACGAAAGUGGAUUCAUCCUGCCGGCUUGUCAGAUCAUUGACAGUGGAAGAGAAAUUAUGGCUGCUUUCAAGGCUAUCACCCCGGUCAUGGCAAAAUCAGAGAGAAAGGUCAAACGAAAAAGAAAACGUACGUCACAACAUUCUACAUGA